UUGGUGAGUAAAGGAAGAAUCCUUCCCCCAAAGUUUUCCCGCCUCUCUCUUUCAAAUAAAAUGUUUGAUACAUCGCGAAAUUAUACUCCUAAUCAAACCAGCCGUUUUUCUCCUUUCUUUAUUCUUCCGUUUCUUCAGUUUCCUUCUCAAUUUGACGUUACCUGCAGUGAAAAUUUGGGAUUAAGGGAGCUUUGCAUCCCCUUUCCAUCUUCUCUCUUAUCCAUUCGGCCUUCAUAUCAAUUUCCCGACCUCCAUCGUCUCUUUCCAACGAUGGAGACCAUUGAUAAUAUAUAUGGAUUUCAGCACCAGCGGCGCCUACUUCACCUUCAACCUGGUCUAUCGCCAUCUCCAUCUAGUUUCAGGACAUUGUGAGGUAACUGUGAUUGCUAAGGUAAAAUAUCAAAGCAAUAGUGUGUGAUUGCGAAGGUAAGAUCUUAACUAUUCACUCUACUUUUAUUUUAUAUCAAUCAAUAGAAAUUUCCCAAUAUUUUAUUGAUUAACCAAAUUAGUGAAUAAUAUGAUAAACCAAAUUAGAGUCAACUUUGACGGGGAAUCUAGAAUAAUGAAUUUAUGAUAUAUCUAAUAUUACAUAUGAUUAGAUCUAAAAUCAAUUUAAUACAUCUAUAGCUUUUUUCACACAAAGAAUUAUGAGAACCACACUUCCUCAAGCUAUAGUUUGAGGCAUAAAAAAUGAGUGUGUUAUUUUGUUGCCUUAUAUAUGCUUCAAGAAAGUUUCAGGUAAACAACCUUGCAGAGAAGUUGUAUUCCCUUGCUGGGGAACGAGGGGGUUCAGGUCCCGAUACAUUUAAAGAAGCCUCAAGUAACUGAAACUCGGUGAAUAGAAGGAGAAAGUGACCCUUUUCAAAAGAACUUAGUAAGUUUACAGAUCCUUUUUUAUUUGCGGCAGCGGCACAUGUAAUAGAAGAAGAAAAUGACCCUUUUUCAAAGUAUGCACUGAAAAUAGAUGGACAAACGCCUCCCAUAGUCUUAUUGCUCUCAGUUAUUUUUGACAAUUCACCCUCCUUCCAUAUUCAAACGGAUUGGCAAGAGGGCAAAAGGUAGCUGAGCAACUGAUGCAGAUAGAAAAAUGCUUGAGGUACACAAAAUGUGUACACAUGUAUGUCUUUCACAGAAAUUUUUUCUGUCACAGACAAUUCAAAAUGAGUUGUCUGUGACGGACAAUUUUUUUGUGAAGGACAGAUUUUUUCUGUCACAUUUUGUGUGCACAUUUUGUGUACCCCUAACAAAACUCAUGCAUAUAUUGUUUGUUUCAUCUGCAAUUGUGGCCUAUUCACAGGAUAUGUGUUGGGCUCAUUCCAGAUGAUGUCUUCAUUUAUGGAGGUAACAUUGUGCUCACAUGCUCAUUACCACUCCAAACUGGCCCGUUUUAACCGUCACCACCUCAAGUGACUGGAUGUCUGGAUUUGAUUGAAGCUGAAAAGCAUCCCAAAGCUUUACAGGUUGCUGCUAAUUCUUCUAGCACUUCUAAAAAGAAAACCUCCAAGAAGUGAAAUAGCAGAGCAAUGGUUUCUUAGGAGAAAGAAAAAUUACAUGUGGUUGACCUCUCUUUGAAUGACAUUUGUUUGGAUGGAAAAGAGUUAAACUUACUAUUUUAAGUAUUAAUGUGGACUUCAUACCUAAAAAAUAAAAUAAAAAAUAGAAUGCACUAAAAGUAGGUGUUAUUUUUAACUUAAACAGUCUGCACAUGUUGUAAUGUUGUAUUAUGCUUCAAUAUUCUUGAAUCUUGAUGUAAUAUAUUUAUUAUAUUAUGUUAUAUUAACUUUCAGUA